AUGUCGAGCAAGCGCAUCGCCAAGGAACUAACCGAAGUCACCACGACCCCUCCCACGGGCAUGACAAUCACCCUCGCCCGCGACUCCGACCUCCACGCCUGGCACGUCUCCCUCACCGGCCCCGAAAACACCCCCUACGCAGGCGGCACCUUUGCCGUCCUCGUCGACCUCCCUAAGGACUACCCCUUCAAGGCCCCCGUCGUCAAGUUCGCCACCCGCAUCUACCACCCCAACAUCACAAACGACGCCAACGGCAACAUCUGCCUCGGCAUGCUCAAAUCCGAAAACUGGAAGCCCGCCACCAAGCUCGCCGCCGUCCUCGAGGCCGUCCGCUCCCUCCUCGUUGAACCCCUGCCCGACGACCCCCUCGAGGCCCGCAUCGCCGACGAGUUCAAGAAUAACCGCCCCGAGUUUGAGAAGAAUGCAAAGCAGUACGUCACGCGCUACGCAAAGGGCCCGGCUAGCUUUGCCGCCUCUGAAGCGCCUGCCAAAUGA